GGAUGUCGGAGUCCGGCUGCUGAAUGCCCUCACCUUCAAUCUUAGAUACUUAAAAGGGAUAAUCUCGCUGAAUUCUUCUGUUACAUAAAUGUCUGUGAGGUCACAAUCGUUUGUCUGAUGAGUUAACACAAGAAGAGUUUUUAUUCAGCAAAGAUCUAAUUAAUGACUUCUGACGAUGAAACUGUUUAAAUGCUCCUGUGACCGUUUGUUUUCCUGAGUUUGGAAGUUGUUUUUCAAGUUUUGGUGUGAAUGCAGGAUUAAACCAGUUCUUUCAGUAAGCGCCGGCUGUCACAGAAACAGCCUAUGAGUCACUUAGUUACUGCUGGCUGCUGUUUUCUAUUAUUGAUUCUAAUAACAUUUAAUUCACUAACUAGUUACGACUCGCUUUUGCUGUUUGUGUGAGAAGCUUCAAAUCAAUGUGAGCAUGAGAAGAAUGCCAGUCUGUCCGUGGUCAGCGCCGCCCUGCAUGCUCUGAGCGUGACAGAGUGUGGAGGCGGGGAGCAGGCUUCAGUGUUGCAUACAUACAAGCAGAAUAUUUGAAGACAAGAGGAAGAAUUGCAUUUAUCUGCACAGAGAGGGCUCAUCGUCAUCACAAGCUGCUUCAGAAAACACCGGUGGCAGCAAAGUGACGCCUGCACAAUCUACAAGUUGAGGAUGGGUGUAACCAACAAGAGCUGACGUUCACUGAACAAACACAUGCUGUGCAGAUCAGAGGUGGAGCUAGUCUGAUUUCUCAGGAAGAGAAACUCAGAUAGUUGUUGUUACCGAGAGGAGAAAUGGCGCAGAAAGGAGUUCAACUAGACCGGGAGGCCUUCUCUUGUUCGAUCUGUCUGGAUCUCCUGAAGGAUCCGGUGACUACUACCUGUGGACAUAGUUACUGUAUGAACUGUAUUAAAAGCCACUGGGAUAAAGAGGACGAAAAGACAAUCUACAGCUGCCCUCAGUGCAGACAGGACUUCACACCGAGGCCUGUUCUGAGGAAAAACACCAUGUUGGCAGUUUUAGUGGAGGAGCUGAAGAAGACUGGACUCCAAGCUGCUCCUGCUGAUCACUGCUAUGCUGGAUCUGAAGAUGUGGCCUGUGAUGUCUGCACCGGGAGGAAACUGAAAGCCUGUAAGUCCUGUCUGCAAUGUCUGGCCUCUUACUGUGAGAAACACCUUCAGCCUCAUUUUGAAGUACCUCCAUUAAAGAAACACAAGCUAGUGGAGCCCUCCAAGAAGCUCCAGGAGAACGUCUGCUCUCGUCAUAAUGAGGAGAUGAAAGUAUUUUGUCGGACUGAUCAGCAGUCUAUCAGUCUCCUCUGUUUAAUGGACGAACACAAAGGUCAUGACACAGUCUCAGCUGCAGCAGAAAGGAGAGAGAGACAGAGAGAGCUCGGGGUGAGUCGACAAAACAUCCAGCAGAGAAUCCAGGACAGAGAGAAAGAUGUGAAGCUGCUCCAACAGGAGGUGGAGGCGAUCAAUGGCUCUGCUGAUAAAACAGUGGGGAACAGUGAGAAGAUCUUCACUGAGCUGAUCCGUCUCAUGGAGAAAAGACGCUCUGAUGUGAAGCAACAGGUCAGAUCCCAGCAGCAAACUGAAGUGAGUCGAGUCAGAGAGCUUCAGGAGAAGCUGGAGCAGGAGAUCACUGAGCUGAAGAGGAAAGACGCUGAACUGGAGAAGCUCUCACACACAGAAGAUCACAACCAGUUUCUACAUGACUACCCCACACUUUCACCACUCAGUGAAUCUACACACUCAUCCAGCAUCAAGAUCCGUCCUCUGAGGUACUUUGAGGAUGUGACAGCGGCUGUGUCAGAAGUCAGAGAUAAACUACAGGACGUCCUGAGAGAGAAAUGGACAAACAUCUCACAGACAGUGACUGAAGUGGAUGUUUUACUGUCAGGACCAGAACCAGAGCCCAAGACCAGAGCUGAGUUCUUAAAAUAUUCAUGUGACAUCACACUGGAUCCAAACACAGCACACACACAGCUGUUAUUAUCUGAUGAGAACAGAAAAGUAACAGUAAUGAGAGAACAUCAGUCUUAUUCUAGUCACCCAGACAGAUUCACUGAUUGGUUUCAGGUCCUGAGUAAAGAGAGUCUGACUGGACGUUGUUACUGGGAAGUGGAGAGAAGAGGAGGAGGAGUUUAUGUAGCAGUCACAUACAAGAAUAUCAGCAGAGCAGGGGGCUCAUAUGAAUGUGGGUUUGGACGUAAUGACAAAUCUUGGAUGUUAGAUUGUGACAACAACAGUUAUAACUUUUAUUACAACAAAGUCAGGACUCCUGUCUCAGGUCCUCAGUCCUCCAGAGUAGGAGUGUACCUGGAUCACAGAGCAGGUAUUCUAUCCUUCUACAGCAUCUCUGAAACCAUGACUCUCCUCCACAGAGUCCAGACCACAUUCACUCAGCCUCUACAUGCUGGACUCGGGUUUUAUUAUUCUGGAGCCUCUGCUGAGUUGUGUAAACUGAAAUAGACAGAAGUCAUUAACGAGACAGAUGUUUAACUUGCUGUGUUUUAAAUCUUCAACUUGAUUUUUAUUCACGUUCGUUGUCUGAGAUCUGAUCGUCGUCACCUGUCAAUCAAACUUUAUGGGCGGUCCUUUGACCUCUUCUCGUCUGUUCUGUAAAUGUUUGAGUGUCUUUAAGUGACACUCCUUCCUGUGUCUGUUUAGCCGUGGACUCUUUCACUGCUCAGGAUGACUUUUGUUCACCUGAACUGACAUUUCUCUGCGUGAUAAAUAUCAACUUCUCUCCGCUCUCCAUGUUUGAUUAUUUGUAUUCAUACAUUUAUAUGCUGUUGUUUCUGUUCUGAUUCAUGAGUCUGAAGAGAGAGAGCAGCAAACUUUUCUUUAAUGUUGAUUUUCUCUUCUCACCACUUUGUACAUUUGUAGAAAAUCUAUAAAAUCACACUUAAAGAAAUGAGUUAGUCAGAAUAAAUGUUGUUGUUCAUAUUCAAAGUAAAAAAUGUCCUCUGAGGUAUUUUAAAACUGUAAUCCUCCUGAUUAAAUCAAUAAGGAGAUAAAUCAUCGUUUUCUUUUGAGUGAGAGAUUCUGAUCAAACAAACUGAUUGUGUGGAUGAAGUGAAUGUGUUCAUGAAAUGAUUGAACAAGAGACAUUGAACACACUUUACUGAUUUGAUGUUUGAACAAACUGAAGUUUGACUUCCUGAAUAAACACAUGAACAAAAUGUU